UUAAGUAGCUUCGUCGGUCCAUUCGUUAUACUUCUUGAAAUUAGUCGUGCAGUUGAAGUGUUGAGGUGCUGUAAAUCUGUUGCAGUUGCAAACAAAACGUCAACAAACUGAUUGUGCAAAAUUAUGGACAAAGAUGUCUUUGAUAAUCUAUCUUUCAUACAAAGACAACGUUUAUCAAUAGAAGAACAGAAUCCUUUAGAAAACACGAUAUAUGAUAUGGAUGCCUUUCAUUCCAUGGUGGACAUUAUUUUGAAUAAAGAAAACAAUAAUAUUCAAAACCGUUCGAACAAUCCAGGACCGCCCACAGAGGAAAUUCCAUCAGAGAUAUGUCAUGGUACUGAUUGCGUUUCUGAACGACCGGAAGUGCCACAUACUUUUGUGGAGUGUGUAAGUGCCAAAGUGCUUAACAAUCCUGGACCAUCCACCAUGGAAACUCAAUCGGAAAUAAGCCAUAACGCUGAUAAAGUUUCUGAACAACUUGAAACUCUGAAUUCUCUCGUGGAAUGUAUAAAUUCAGCAGAAAUAUUUGAUAACUCAAAACCAUCCACUUUGAAAAUUCAAUCAAAGAUGUCCGUUAGUACUGAUAACAUUUCUGAACAAUCUGGAACGUCGAAUUUUCCAGAAUGUAUAAAUGCCGAAGUGGUUGGCAACUCGGGAUCAUCUAUCAUGAAAGUUCAAUCCGAGAUGUGCCAUACUGCUGAUAAUCCCGAAUCAUUUACCAUGGAAAUUCAAUCAGAAAUACGUAAUACUGAUGGUCCAGAAUCAUUCAUGGAAAUUCAGUCAGUGCACUACAGUAAAUGCCAUAAUGCUGAUAAAAUGUAUAAAGAAAUGCCAAUUUCUAUGGACAUAAGUACAGAUCUACCACUAUCACCAAAACCAUCCACCUCUACGGAAGAUCUAUCAGAGAUGCAGCAUAAUGCUGACAAAGUUUUUAAACAACCUAAAGCACUGAAUUUUUCUAGGAAACACCCAAGUGCUGAAAUAAUUGAUGUCUCAUCUGAUUCUGAUACCGAUUCUGAUGAUUCUUAUAAGAAUUUUGAGAACUCUUCUGGAAAUUCUUUUGAGAAUUCUUUUGAGAAUUCUGAUGAUGAUAUUUACAAUGAUAUUUCAAUUAUCAAUACUGUAAAUAAAACUAUUGAUAUAUCUUCAUGUUCUACUUCCCAGCUGACUCAUAAUAAUGAUAAUACAUCGUUGGCAAACAAAAUUAAUAUUCUAAGUACUGGCAAUGACAGACAAGCUACAGAUGUUAACAAUAAGGUCCAAAAUAGGCCUAAAGAAGAAGUCGUUGAGGAAAAUAAUAAUGAUGUUUUAUACAUAAAGAAAAAACGAUUAAAUAGUCCAAAACCAGGGUGCAGUAAAGAUUCUGAAGAUACAUUCCUAGAGAUGGAAGAUUUCUAUAUGUCCAAUAUGGAUGAAUUACUAAAAGAUGCAAAAUUAAUACAUGCCCUUCUACCUAGAUACAGUUACCGUUUGAUUUAUAAAAUGCUUAGUAGUAAUAAAUUUGCAAGAAAUCGUAUUGAGCUUACAUUGUGGGACUUAUUACCAAAGGAAAGACCGCUACCACAAUAUUUAAAGAGACAAAAAUGUUCAGAUGAGACAAGUUUUAUAGAACGUAAAAAAAAUUCCCAUAUUUCUCUACAAGAAAAUCAUGUAGAUACGAAUACUUCGGAAAAAAAAGAGCAGACAUGUGCGAAAAAUGAGGUAAUUGCUAGUAACAGAAAAUCAAAAAAUAUAACAUUUGCAUCAUCAACAACUGAGAAUGAUGAAACGAAAAAGAAUGUGUCAGAAGUAACAGCUUCGAAUAAUACGAAUGAUACCAAUCAAACCAUGAUACCUUUGAAAAAAAAGAAGUUAGAGCAUAAAUCGGAUGGAUCUACUACAUCUGUUAAAGACGCCAGCAGUACUAGCAACAUUAACAUGAUUGUUCCACAUUCAAAGAUAUUUGCAUCACCAGAAGUCGGUUCAGAGACCAAGGAAUCGCAUUCGACUAAGAAUUCAGAAGUUAGAUGUACGUAUGAAUCUGAUAGGCAUUUGGAACUCUAUAAAAUUCAUACAGUUGUGGCACCAGCAAAGUUAAUGCUUCGAAGUAAUUUCACGACACAAAAAGAUGAAAAGUUCCAUAAACCGACAACUCCUGUUUUAUCACCGCCAAAAUUAAAAGUUCUUACUAAAAGUACGAUAUCUACAAUGUCACCAAUAGGUGUUUCUAUACCUAUAUGCUCUGUACCUAUAAUACCUAAUAGACUUAAAAGGACAGGACCUAAUAUAAUGCAAGUGAAACAGGAUAAACCAAUAAUUCUUCGUCCAAAUCUAAAUGAAUCAACAAUUGUUCGUCCAAAUUCAAAAUCAUCCAUAAGCCAAUAUCCAAUAGGAAGAUUUACUACCUGUUCUAAUUUAAUAAAGCAGAAUGAACCGACCGUUCGUGUAUCUCAUCUAAAUUCAAGUCUAUUUGCACCGAAUUCUACGUUACCAGGCACGUCAUCAAAUGACAAAAGAGCAUCUGAUAUGCGUGCUGUACCUCUGCCACACUCAAUGUGCCAAUCUAUUAAUCGAAUAAAAAUAGAACCAUAUGUAUCAAAAAUUACAGAAAAAGACGGUACUAAAGUAGUUAACGUUCAUACCACAAAGACACUAGUAGUAUCUGCAACAUUAAAUAGUUCAUCGACUUCAGCAGUUCCUGCUCAAAGUACCUCACACCUCCAAAAAGCAAACGAUAGCAAUAUGACUACAUCUCAGAUUUACGAUAAAGGAAGUAUACAGCAGCAAUCACCGAUACUAACUCAAACAAAACCCAUUGCGAUGUACGAUCCAAAUAAAAUUAAUUGGAAAGUAGAGCAACUGGAUAAAAAAGAUGCAAUGGGAAAUAAAAAAUUAAAAAUAUAUGCAUCCAAGGACAAGCCGGAAGAAGUAGCAAACAAUGCUGAGCAAAAAGAAAUAGUAUUAAGUGAGAAAGCUAAUAAAAUAUAUGUCAAAUUAAUACCCAUGUUUCCAACUAUAAAAAUUAGUUUUAUUAAGAAAUUAUGCUAUGAUCAUGUGAAAGAUGAUGGGAGAGAUGAAGCAACAUUAGUUGCUACUUUAGUUGAGAUGCUACUCAACUGUGACCAAAAAAGUUUAUCGGUUCAACAAGCGAAGCCAUUAGAGUCACAGGCGACAACUUUGAAACCUUAUGAUAUGAACGAACAAUAUGCAGAUUUGCUGAUGAUAUUUCCUGAAGCAGAUCCCGUAUAUUUAAGAAAAGUAGCUGAGGAAAUAUAUAGUGAUCCCGAACGGAUAAAGCAAUUUGUUCAGUCAAAAUUAGAAAACCCUGAUUAUCCAACGCGAUCGCAAUAUUUGGCUAAAAAAAAGAUUACUCAACAACAAGAGCAGUAUACUACGGAUUUCCAAGUAAAACAAUUCUUAGAGAUAUUUCCAGAUCCAUUUGCAUACUUCGAAGAUGAUAAGAGGAAAUGCGAAUUCAAUCCGCACGCAGUAGAUUUUCUCAAAUAUUACUUCAGUAAAAUGAGGGUAAACACUUUAGUGAAGGCAUAUAGUCAAUAUAUGAAUAAUUUAAGUUUAACUGCAAAAGCUCUAGAGGCGUUAAAUCCUGAUAUGAAAACUAAACGAUAUUGUAACAAGAUGACUCUAACAGAAGAUAUACCGUUUCUUCAAGAGUGUGCUUUUGUACAACAUAAAGCAGAGCUUAAAAAAUAUCUAGAUGAAGUAAAAACAAAAGAAGAGCAAGAAUUUAAUAAACUUAAAGCAAAAAAUGAAUUGUUAGAAUGUCAAUGUUGUUAUGAUGACGAAUGUAUGCCAUCAAAGUGUUCCACGUGUGAGGAUGGUCAUAUAUUUUGCAAUUCAUGUAUUGUACGGAGUACAGACGUGGUAUUAGGAGAUGGCAAUACGCGCGUUGAUUGCUUGUUGCAGUGUGGUUGUGAAUUUCCAUUAUCUGUACUUCAAGAAGUAUUACCGCCAACUAAAUUUAGUAUUCUGCUUUGUAAGCGACAAGAAGCAGAAGUAAUAGCUGCUGGAGUUGAUGGUUUAGUAUCUUGUCCCUUUUGUCAUUUUGCAUCUAUACCACCACCCGAAGAUAAGAUUUUCAAAUGCCUUAAUCCGGAAUGCAUGAAAGAAUCUUGCCGAUUAUGCAAGGAACUUAAUCACAUACCAUUGAAAUGCAACGAAAAGAAGUCAGAAUCUGCACGUUUAUAUUUGGAAGAGAAGAUGACUCAAGCUUUGGUACGGAAAUGCUACCGUUGUAGUCGAAUGUUCUUCAAAGAAGAAGGUUGUAACAAAAUGACUUGUGUCUGUGGCGCCCAAAUGUGUUACAUUUGUGAUAAACCAGUUACCGAUUACAAGCACUUUCAAGGUCAAGGAGCAGAACGUUCAAAUCUUUGCCCACUGUGGAGCGAUGAUCGUCGCCUGAAUGCUGAAGGAGUAAUCAAAGUAUGUCAAGAAACUAUGAAGCAGAUUAAAGAGAAAGAUCCUCAUGUCGAUAUAAAUGUUGAUGCACUUUUACCAAAGCUACCGCCUAAAAGCAAAGGUCCUCAUGAAGAUAUUCAAAAUGCAGUGAUCGGAUUACGAGAUAGGAUUGCUAGACAACUUCAAUGACAACUUUGCGUUAUUGUUUACUAUUAAGAAAACAUAUUUGUUAAUUAUUUUGUUUUAAAAUAUCAUUUACAGCAUUAUCAUUAAUAGCAUUUAUGUUACAUAUAAUUUACAAAUUUAUUCUUAAUCCACGUAAUUAAUUAAGGUAGUAUUUUACGCCAACAGUUGCUAGUCCUCUUCAGUUAUGUGCAACCAUACGUUAUAAAAAUGGAAGUACAAAAUACAGAUAAAUAAAAUA